GGAUGAUCCUGUGGUUCUCGGAGAGCAUAGAGCGCUUACAGUGCAUAUCGCGGUAAGAUAUUCAUAAUUAUGCUCCGAGUUGCCAGUCAGAUUCGUGCCUGAUGCAUACCCCUUUAUCGCCUGAGAGCGCCGGCGGUUCACGUCUCAUGCGACGCCAACGGCGGUGAAGCGCGGCAGAAUUCGCUCCACUCAAAUUAUCGAUUUAUCAUGAAAGUCGACUGACUUUCCCAACCAUUGAAAACCUCUUCACCGACUCUCCAAUUCUACUCAUUAAACAUCAUGAAGCGCAAGGCAGAUACUCAAUCAAGUGGCCAAAAUGGCAAAGGGAUUUUGAAGAAGCGCGUAAAGACUGCUCUCGCAGAAGAAGAUGUCCAGAAAUGCUUUCGAAAGGGUCUCUUUGCCAAAGAUAUCCUUCUUGGGUAUGCAAAAGACUACGCAGAUUCGGAACCAUAUAAGCACAGCGUUAUCAGCUCCUUGAUCAACGAUGAUCUUCUACGAAAAGUCCGCAACGAAAUCCGCGAGAAUGUCCAGUUCACGCCCAAAGAGACGGACAUCUACAGAAUACACCAAUCCGGCGACCUAGCCAAUCUCGAUGGCCUCGAAGAUGGUGCCUUAGACAAGUUGCCCUCGUUGCUAAAGCUCCGUGAUGCGAUGUACUCGGAGAAGUUUAGGGAAUAUGUUUCAACGGUCACAGAUUGUGGAAAGUUGAGUGGCAGAAAGACGGAUAUGGCUAUCAAUGUGUAUACACCUGGAUGUCAUCUGCUAUGCCACGAUGAUGUGAUUGGAAGCCGGAGAGUCAGCUACAUCCUAUACUUGACAGAUCCAGAUCUGCCAUGGAAAGAGGAAUGGGGUGGUGCGCUACGAUUAUUCCCUACCAAGACCUUCGAAGAUGAUGAAGGGGUGAAGACGAUCACACCAAGUCCUGACUAUAGCAAGGUCAUACCACCGGCCUGGAACCAACUGAGUUUCUUCGCUGUGCAGCCUGGUGAGAGUUUCCAUGAUGUCGAGGAGGUGUACCAUGCCGAAAGCAAAGAACAAUUGGAGAAGGAUGGUGGCAGAAUCAGAAUGGCUAUCAGCGGUUGGUUUCAUAUCCCACAAAUUGGAGAAGAUGGACACAUCAAGGGUGAAGAAGAGAAAUGGGGCAAGAACAGCAGCUUGAAGCAGUUGCAGGGCAACCCAGACGAAUACGACUUCCCCAAAUCACAGCCUGUCACCAUCGAGUUUCCAUCAAAACCAGAAGAAGAGAAGGGACUUGAACAAGAGGAGCUCGACUUCCUCCUCAAAUAUAUGGCUCCAACAUACUUGACUCCAGACACUCUCGAGGAAGUUGCAGAGCGAUUCAUGGACUUGUCAAGCGUAGCACUUGAUGGCCUACUAUCAAACAAGUUCUCCGCCAAAGUCAAGACCUACAUUGAAGUUCAAGAAUCAACUGCUCUUCCGGAAAAGACAUCUGAGAUCGAGGAUGGCCAAUGGAGGAUUGCCAAACCACCACACAAGCAUCGUUACCUCUACAUGCAACCAUCACUCAGCAGUUCUCAAGAAGAAAACGCGGAUGAGAAUCCUAUCAAAGAGCUGCUCGAGGUUUUUCUCCCAAGUAAAGAGUUCAGGAAGUGGUUGGAACUCGCUACAGGAUGCGACAUUGAGAAUUUUGACAUUCUGGCAAGAAGAUUCCGUCGUGGUCUCGAUUAUGCUCUUGCUGCAGGCCAUGAUGGAGAACCGAGAUUGGAGAUCAGUCUUGGUCUCACACCAACUCCUGGCUGGGGUGCCGAUGAGGAAGAAGAGGAGGAGGGUGACGAGGAUGCCAAACAGUCUGAGUCGUCUGACAAGAAGAAAACUAAAGAGAAGCAAAAAGAAGAGGAACCAGAGGAAGAAGACGAUAUUGGCGGGCAUGAAGUCUACAUGGCAGGCGAAGAUGAAGACGACGCUGACGCGGCCAUCUACAGAGCCGCCUCUGGAGAAGAAGACGAUAAUAUCCUGUUCGCCUCACCAGCAUCGUGGAACAAGAUGAGCAUUGUUCUUCGAGACAGUGGCGUUUUGAAGUUCGUCAAGUACGUAAGUCAGAGUGCGAAGGGCGAUAGAUGGGACAUCAGCGGCGCCUUUGGUGUCAAGAUUACCGAGGGCUUGGACGACAGAGAGGAAGAAAUGGUACCGUUACCAGAAAGCGAUGAAGAGGAAGUCUUCAACGGAUUCCCCGAUUCAGAUGAUAGCGAUUCUGAUUGAGAGCCUGGCGAUUAGAUAUUAGAAAUGUUGACGAAUCAUGACCUCUCCAAGAAUCUUGUUGUUUCAUGUAGAAUGUAGAUCACGGAAUUCCCCCUUCAUCGCAUCUUUUCUUGUUGCACGUCGCGGAUCGACUGUCAGAUGGAUGAUGACACUGCGGCUUAAACUUUGGGCCCCACACCUACCGAUCGUCGGCACGUGGUGGAGGAUUGAAGAUGUCUCAGUAAGCUAGAUUUCAUGGGAUGGGAAGACAUGCAGGUGAAGGAUGUAAAUUGGAAUUCUAUCAUGCUAAGCCCCGAACCGGUGCUUACUGCGAAAUGGU